CUCUCCAUCUAGUUAUAUAGGUGCUCUUUUCGCUGCUGCGCUCAUCAAGAUGAUACCCGUGCCUGCCAUCCCAUCACCCCUAUCCGUUCCUUGCCAUGUUGCGAGCUGCUCGUUUUGUGUCCGUACUGGCGGGCAUCGCCGCCGCCUGUUGCAACGGGGACGAUGCCCUCUGCGAGAAGAAGUAUUCCGACGUGACCUUCGUUGGAUCCCACAACAGCGCCUUUGUCGGCAUCACGCCCGCCCAUAACCAAUAUGUAUCGGUGACGGACCAGCUCGACAUGGGCGUGCGGUUUCUCCAAGCCCAGACCCAGAACAAGAACGGCCAAAUCCAGAUGUGCCACACGACCUGCGUCUUGCUGGAUUCGGGAUCGCUAUCCGAGUACCUCGGGGAGAUCACCUCUUGGAUCGAGGCCCAUACGCGAGAUGUGGUCACCUUGCUUCUCACCAAUAUCGAUGCGAUGCCCGUCACGCAGUUCGGCGACACGUUCAGAGACACGGGUCUGGAGAAGUACGUCUUCAGGCCAAAGGAGAAGAUGGCCCUCGACCAGUGGCCGACGCUCCAGGAACUCAUCGAUGAUGGCACGAGACUAGUCGUAUUCAUGGACUAUCACUCCGACACAAGCAAGGUGGACUACAUCCUCGACGAGUUCCAGUACUACUGGGAGACGCCGUUUGGAGAGACCGACGGAGACUUUCCGAAUUGCAACAUCGACCGGCCGCAGGGCGUCGACCCGAACGCCUACAUGUACCUGGUCAACCACUUUCUCGACGUUGAGCUGUUCGCGGGCAUCAAGAUCCCGGACCAGUUCAAUGCGCCAAAGACGAACUCGUUGCAGUCCAUCGACAAGCAGGUCAACUUGUGCAGAGGGAAGUGGGGACGGACACCGAACGUUGUUCUGCUUGACUGGAUCGACAUCGGCGAAGCGAUCAAGGCACAGAGCCAAUACAACGCCUGAGAAGUGGCCUUCCAUACAUGGAAUGCGGUAGGGGCACGACACGUUAUCUCAAAAAUAGAGAUAGCUACCUACUCCUUCCUAUAAAGGCGAGAGGCGCAGGCAACCAGCAGUGCCAAGAAGGGGGCGAUAGGUCAGCCGGCCCUGCGGCCACGAUCCGCGUAUUUCCGCCGCGAGGAAAUCGCGCUGAAAGGGCUACAGGGACGAUUCGCGGGGCGAGAAACGAGCAUGCUGUUCGCGUAAUGUAAGGGAGGGGUAAACAGCUGAGUAGAUCGGGUGUGAGCGAAGCCACUCUUCGGUGACCCAAUCAGGCAUAGGAGGAGUUCAUGGCUUUGGCUGACAGCGGACG